AUGGGUUAUUCGAUCUGGGAAAUAGCGAAGGCCUUCAUCGACAACCACUCCGAGCUCACCGCUAACCUCUACACCCAGGCCAUCGUCGUCGACCCCAACAACUCCGAGCUCCACUCCGACCGCACUCAGGCCAACAUCAAAUCCAACAAUCUCACUGAAGAAGAGAAUCUGAACGAUGUCUGGAAGAAAGAGGUGGAAACAGUCUUUGUAUCUCAUGGCCUUUCAUGCAAAUUGAACUGGGAUGAGUGUAAGAUGACUGCUACUGCAACAGAACGUACCCUGUUUAUAGGGGUGCACGUGGUAGUCAAUGUUGGCUGUGGCACCGGAAUUCUUUCUAUCUUUUGUGCUCAAGCUAGUGCAAAAUGUUUUAUAGGAAAGAAAGCUGCCUAUGCCUUGAACGAGGGUAUGGGAGUAAUUGAAGAUAGGUCAUGUACAACGACUUAUGGAUUUGAUAUUGAUGAGGAGGUUGAUGUUAUAAUUUCAGAGUGGAUGGGAUACAUGCUUCUGUAUGAGGACGAGGUGGACUUUUUGAGUUCAUUGAAAAACGAUUCAGAAAAUGGACAUAUGGUUAUUGUGAUUGCUGAGGGAGCAGGACAUGAUCUUCUUUUAGAGAGCUUGGAAUCCAUGAACUAG